AUGUCAGUGUGUCGAAUAGUUCGUCCUUAUUAUAAAUUAUUUAAACGAGAGAAUAGUAAUUCAUCUAAAUCUGAUUUUCGUGAUCGAUCAUUAUACAAAUAUUUUGUAAAUUUUCAAACACGAUGGCGUGACAAUGAUAUUUAUGGUCAUGUUAACAAUGUUGUUUAUGGUGAAUGGAUUGAUUCAAUUGUUAAUAAAUAUCUAAUUGAAAAAUGUUCACUUGAACCUUUAAAAUCUCCAUUGAUAGGUUUUGUUGUUUCUUCUUAUUGUCAAUAUUAUUCUCCAGUAUCAUAUCCAUCAAAGAUUUCAGCUGGUUUAUUUGUUAAACGCAUAGGCAAGUCAUCUGUGGAUUAUUCUGUUGGAAUAUUUGAAAAUAGUCAAGCAGAAAAAGCUUCAGCUGUUGGUGGUUUUACACAUGUUUUUGUUGAUCGAAUAAAUCGUCGUCCUCAAACGAUCCAUGAUGAAAUGAAAAAGCAACUUUUAUCUAUAUCAAAUAUAAUUGAUUAA